AUGAUCAUCAAAGUGAUUGCUAAUAGGCGAUUGCGUGACACUCGAAAGAGGAAUAUUGAUUUGUUGGUGACUCACUUUGCGCGGAAGAGAAAUUUAAUUGUUAAGAAGUGCAAAGAAUUGAAACUUCGGCGGCUCCGACGAAAACAACGGACAAGAUGCGUCAACGACGGGAGAACGGAUCAAUGCUGGCGGAACAUGUUCUCAGGCGUAUCACCGGAAGAAGAUUGGAAGAAAAAUUUUCGAAUGACAAGACCAGAAUUCGAAGAUCUUUGCGAACAACUGCGACCCCGUAUAUUUCCAGACCCGAAAUCCCCAAAUGGCCGGGCACUUUCAGUUGAGAAGAAGGUGGCAUUAACACUGUACUACCUGAAAGACACAGGGUCUAUGUGGAUGACUGCGAAUACGUUUGGAAUUCACCAGUGUACCGUUUCAAAAGUUGGUUCGGAAGUUUGCGACGCAAUCACAAAGCAUUUAGGACCAGAGUACAUUCAUUUGCCACGAACUGUAGAGGAGAUGCAGAGAAAGGUUUCACAAUUUGAGUUAAAGUUUGGUAUGAUACAGGCAUUUGGAUGCAUUGAUGGUACCCAUGUUCCUAUCAAAACACUAUCCACUGACUCCCACGACUAUUUUUGUUACAAGCAGUACUAUUCACUCAAUGUACAAGCGGUAUGUGAUUAUCGUGGGAUGUUCAUAGACGUGGAUUGCCGAUGGUCAGGUUGUGUCCAUGAUGCAAAGGUAUUUGCUAACUCAACCUUAAAUCACAGGAUGAGAAGUGGAAGUUUACCACAGACCUUCAACACGUUAAGUAAUGAGUGUCACAAAGUUCCUAACUAUGUCAUAGGUGACCCAGUGUAUCUCCUUACACCUUACUGCAUGAAAGAAUUCGAGUCAUGCACAACCAACGCCCAAGUUUUGUUUAAUGAGUUCUUGCGCUCUGCUUGUAACAAAAUAGAGUGUGCUUUUGGACGACUUAAAGCUCGGUGGUCUAUUCUAACAAGAAAGAUCGACUUAAAUACAGACAUGGUCCCCACAGUAAUUUAUGCCUGCUUUGUUCUCCACAACUUUUGCGAGUCUUGUGGUGGCAGCCUUGACGAGGAAGCAGUUAAAGCACAGAUGCGCCGAAACUAAAUAGAGGAA